UGGCACAAAGAGGUAGACUUUUUGUUUGCGGUUCGAACAGGAGGGACGACGAAGGGGGGUUUCAAGGGAGGUUGACAUCUACUAGCAAGGUCUCAAUUAGGUAACUAGUAGUUUUUAAGGUUUACCUAUUGUUACUUGUACACUAUUGUACCUCGGUGUUUCUUGACUAAAAAAAAACUGUUGCGCAGUUACUGCAAACUGCAAACUGCAAGUACCGCAACUUUGUCACAACCCGACCAUCAAGGUUCUCAACCUUCGACCUACACUAAAUUAUGCCCAUAUGCCCAUAUGCCCAUAUGCCCAUAUGCCCACACCACCCCUUCUCCUCUGAACUUUUUUCUUUUCUUUUAUGAACGAGACGAAGAGCCUCGUUUCGUAAUAUUCCGUGCGGUCUGUGCCGAUCUAACCUAAUCCUAGAUCUCACGAGCCGUUGACGCACCAGCCAAUACUGAUCUCACACCGAAGGCAUCAGGUUUCUCUCUAGCAAACUCUUCAUCAGUCCACAGCCGCAUAUCUUCCACCAGACAGCUACCGACUUGUCCUAGACUUUUCUUUCCUCAUGGAAGACUCAGUCGAUCCCACUGAUGCAACUUAUGGCCUCCCUUCUCUUACAUCGUCACCCUCAACGGAGAGACUCACCAACUCUCUCACACCUACUUCUCACAACUUCGACGAUGUAUUUUCCUUUGGCCAGUCUUCUUCUCUUGAUACCAUUGAACCCUCGUCACUAAAUCUCCAUCAUACAUCUCAUGAUGAUACUUGCCUAGACACGUGCGUAAGCACCUUCAACCCUCAGGGGAUAGGGAUACAUCGGAGUGCCUAUGGCCCGUCUUUUCCUCCUAGGAAUCGGGCUACCGUCUCGACUUUCUCGCCCUUUUAUCAGCUAUAUGGGAACAAUGUCUUCCAACAGCCGAUGCAACAAGUCAACCAUUUAUAUAUGUAUCCUCUCCCGGACAUGGGCCUAAAGUAUGGCUUAAAUCACGACAUCAAGCCAGGGCAUCAUGGCUCAUUCAGUGAGUCACUCCUCGGGAACAACUUCAAUGCUGCGGACUUGGGGCUUCCACAGUGCUCCGUUCCUGACGACUGCGCUUCUGUGAAUUGUAGCAAAUUUUCAUGCUCAAGCGACUGUUGUUCCACUCAAGUCUGCCAAGAGGAGGAAUGUUCUGGAGAUGGUACGCCUUGUGACGACUUGCACUGCCUCGAUAGCACUUUCGACGAAAUGUGGACUAUAGACCAAGGCUGGCAUAAUCCUCCAUCAACAGACCUAACUUUGCCCCCACAUAACCCGCCUUGUAAUCACACCAACACCGAGCAUGAUGUUGCCUUUACCCUGCGGAACUUAAGGACCCCAGGUGCUUUGAAUCCUUCGCAGCAGCAGCAGCAUGACUUCCAUCAGUUCGAACCUAUCCACCAUCAUCCAGGCCUCUCGUGUACCCCUGAGAUAGAUUCGAUACCGACUCCGUUGAUAGAACCUUUCAAUGAGGCUGAAGGCACGACUCAACUUGUUUGCCAGUGGAUAAUAUAUCCUGGAGGAGAGGGUCAAGAGAUUUGCGGUCAUGUUUGCAAUGAUAGCUAUUCUCUCCAUGAGCACUUGUGCAGCGACCACAUAUCAUUGCUAACAAGCAAGACGAAAUACAUCUGUCUCUGGAACGGCUGUCCCCGCCGUGGUGACCAAGUAUUCGCCUCUCGUAACAAACUACGGCGUCAUCUUGCAACCCACACAGCUUACAAACCGCAUAAAUGCGCAAUAUGUGGCGAGGGCUUCUCAGCGCAACAAGCCCUUGACCAACACGUUAGAACGCACACAGGCGAGAUGCCAUAUAAGUGCGACUUUGAAGGAUGUGGCAAGUCUUUCAAGCAAAAGAGUGCUCUAACUAUGCAUAAGCGUACUCAUACCGGCGAGAAGCCAUUAGAAUGUAGCAUAUGCGGCAAGUGUUUCUGCGAAUCCUCCAACCUCUCGAAACACCGGAAGACACAUAACCCGGAUUACAAAUUCAAAUGCGAUGAGCCUGGCUGCACAAGUCAGUUUAUCCGAAUCGAUCAAUUAAGGAGACAUCAGGCCAGACAUGAAAGACCGAAGAAGAAACAGAAGACCCGAACAGCGGCGGAGCCAGCUUUAUCGCCUAUGUCACCGGAAACACCGCGUGACACCGUCCUGGAGCAGCAGGCUUCUAUCCAGGCUUAGGGGCCUUGGAUACAUCCUCGUUUUACGUUUACUUAGGAGCGAGCUAUGAAUAAAAAGCGAAGUACAUAUCGGAAGGCUCUUGGCCAGGAGGAAAAGUUAUCAUAGGGUUUAUAGUAUUUGAAAGAUUCAGGAGUUUGUGGCCGUAAGCAGUCAGGAUUAUAAGCGGUAGAUUUUGGGACACCAUACAUGAUGUACAUAAGAGCAUUUAAAAGCGGGAGCGGCAGCGAUUCAAUCUAUCAAAUACAGCGACUUGUUAAACAAAGUACCGAUUUCUAAUAUCGUAUAAAUAAAUGU